UUGAAGAGUGUUAUCACAAACUGUAGAUAUUAUAUCAACUUCUCAGUAAAAAAUGGUCGAUAUUAUUCAAGAUAACUUGAGUUUGUCAGCACAAGAUGAUACGAAUAGUGAGAACUCUAAAUCAGGUAGCCGAAGAGGCUCAAAUACAAGUGGUCUAAGUCGUGGCUCCAACAAGGCAAACAAACCGCCUAUACCCGAGGCUUUUCCAAAAGACUUAAUAGUGUCUCCUCCCGACAAGAAGUACGUUUGCUUGAAAUGCGACGAAAUUCUUCGUGAGCCCGUGCAAAUCAAAGAAUGUGGUCAUCGGUUGUGCUUUCACUGUUACGAAGAUAUCAGAUUUGGAGAAGAGUCUCCAGUUUGUCCUGAAGAUCAAAAUGAGUUCGACCGAGACACUCCUCCGGAUAUCGACAAAGCCUUCAAGAGAGAGAUCGAAGAACUACAAGUAAAAUGCAAGAACGUAGGAAGCGGCUGUUCAUGGGAAGGACCGAUGAUUGAAUUCCAGGCGCACGUGAAAGAGUGCGAUUAUGAAGAUAUCCUUUGUGAAUACGACUGCGGAGCCUCUUACCAGAGACGCUACAAUCAGAAACAUGUCGAUAAAGAAUGUGGCAAAAAGAUUAUCUCAUGUACAUAUUGUAAUGACAGAUUCCUUCGUGAAGACAAGAAGAGUCAUCUGGAAGAUUGUCCUAAAAUUCCAGUAAUGUGUCCAAACAAAUGCGAUAAGAAAGUGACUUUUCCAAGAGAAGAGCUUGAAAAACAUAUUACAGAAGAAUGCAAUCGCGCCAAGAUCAAUUGUGACUUUGAGGAUGUAUGCUGUGAACACAAGGCUAGUCGAGAGAAGAUGAUAAAACAUUACACUAAAGAAAUAACAAACCACGUGAGGCUUCUCCACGACCGGCUGAUGAAACAUGACAUACUUCUGAACCAGGUCAAAGAAACCGUCGAACUUCACGGGUCCAUGUUCGACCAACAUGCUGCUCGAAUUGUUGACUUGGAGAGAAUUGCCCAUAGUCAACUGAUAUGGAGAAUUGACGAGUAUUCUGAUAAAAUGAAAGCAGCUCAGUCAGGUGAGAUGACAACAUUAUACAGUCCUGGAUUUAUAACAAGCAAACAUGGCUACCGUCUCAGUGCUUCCGUCUCUCUCAAUGGCGACGGAAAAGGCAAAGGAACUCACAUGUCGGUUUUCAUAUGUAUUCUGAGAGGUCCAUAUGACGCUUUGCUCAAGUGGCCUUUUGAUUGCCGUGUAACGUUUACCCUGCUCGACCAAAAUUCAGAUCCUAGUCAGAGAAAACACCUGAAGUUCACCAUCAAACCAAACCCUUCGCCGGAGAACGCGCAGUUUCUAAGCCGACCUCACAAAGCAGAGAAAAACGCUAGCUUUGGAUCUGCUAAGUUUGCUAAACAUGCGGAAAUUGAGUCGAGGAAUUAUAUCAAAGAUGAUACCGUGUUCUUGAAAAUCAAUAUCGAUACCGAGGGGCAGACUGAACCCCUCAGAAAAAUGGUUGACAAACAAGAUAGUGUUAGUCUAACAUCAAAUGACAGCUACAUUAACCAAAAGAGGCUACCCAAAAACGAGAAUGAAAAUGACGGCUACGAGAACUUACAACAACAACCAGCAUCCAACGAAAACCAAUACGAAAACACGGAAGGCAACCGAUACGAAAACGCAUCAGCGAAACAGGGUCUAUUUGUAAACGAGAAAGUUAGACAGUACGAAAACGCGACGGCGGGUCAUUUCGACAUAAUUGUUAAAGAAAACGAAUACGAGAACACAGACGAAAACCAAUAUGAAAGUGUGGGAGAGGAAAAUUCCAGGCGAAGUAGUCGAGCUGCGAGUCCAAGUGGUAGCCAUGGAUCACGCACUAGCAGCGCACGGCCUGACUCCCCGGACAUCUUUCCUGUCUUACCUAAAAGACUAGAAGAUAUAGAUGAAAAAUACGGAUGUUUGAAGUGUAAAAAAGUCCUGUGCCAUCCUGUCCAAAUUCAACCAUGCGGACAUUAUCUUUGUUAUAAGUGCUUCAAAGAAAUCGUCAAUGAAAGUGAUAAUGAAAAGCCGCCAAAAUGUCCAAAAGACAAGCAGGAAAUAGACUCGGAUGUUCCUAAUUUGGACAAAGAUCUUUGGAAUGAGAUCCAGGCUUUGGACGUGGUAUGCGAGAACCAACAAUGGGGCUGUAAAUGGGAAGGAAACAUUAUGUCAUUCGAGGAUCAUAACGACGAAUGUCCAUACACCGAUGUACUGUGCAAGGCCGACUGUGGAGCGAAAUUCCAAAGACGAUACAUUACAAAACAUGAAGAUAAAGACUGUCCUAAAAAGAUGAUUUCUUGUCCUUACUGCGCAGAAAGACAUCUCAGAGAAGAAAAGAAGACUCAUUUCGAAGAAUGUCCAGAUAUCCCUCUUCCCUGCCCAAACAAGUGCGACAAAAAGUUAACCAUUGAGAGAUCAAAGCUUGAAAACCACGUUGACAAUGAAUGUCCUCGUACUAAAAUCCUGUGCAUGUUUGAAAACAUUGGCUGCGCACACCGAUCCAGUCGAGAGAAAAUGGCAAAACAUUAUUCAAAGGAGACAUCGAGCCAUGUUAAACUCCUCUUCGAUAUGCUGUUAAAACAGGGACAGUCUAUUGACAUGCAAGAUGAGAGGCUAUUAUCUUCUGAACAGUCGUUGAUGGAACAAGACAAGCGUAUUGGAGACCUUGAAAAGAUCGCUCACAGCCAGUUGAUCUGGCGAAUUGAGGACUAUAACAGAAAGUUGAAGGAGUGCAAGGCAGGAAAUGUCGAUUCUCUUUUCAGUCCGACAUUCACGACGAGUAAACAUGGUUACCGUCUGUGUGCGUCUGUCUGUCUGAAUGGCGAUGGGAAGGGAAAAGGAAGUCACAUGUCCGUGUUUAUCAGUGUUCUUAAAGGUCAUUAUGAUUCUUUACUGAAGUGGCCUUUUGAAUACCGUGUUACAUUCACCAUGUUGGAUCAGAACGAAGACAUCAAUGCCAGGAAGCACAUCAAAUUCAGCAUCAAACCAAACCCAUGUCCUGAGAACGAACCUUUUCUUGGCAGACCCAAAAUGGAGAAGAACGCCAGCUUUGGUGGCGCUAAGUUUGCAAGACAUGAGGAUAUCGAGGCGGGGGGAUACAUCAAAGAUGAUGUAAUCUUCCUGAAAAUAGCUGUUGAUUGUGAUGGACUUAGUGAGCCUUAGAUAUAUACUUGCAUAUAACACAACACAGUCACGUUUGUACUCAGAAAUAUGUAUAUAAACCUUUGAAGGUCUGCGUCCCAUUCAAUUUCAUAAAAGUUUUAGCUUUUUCUGUUGCUCAAAAUUCGCAAAUAUUGUAGUCACCGAUAGUCACCUCUAUCGCAUUAAAGACAUUAUCUAAAAGGGACAGGCCCCAAUUGCGUAUAAAGUGAAUAAAUUUCUCCAAGAAAAAUUGCGGUUUGGGGGGUUGUCAACGUAACAUUGAAACUCUCAAUAAGUAAGAUAUUAUAAAUCGUGGAUUAUUUGUUUUUUGUAAAAGCUCACUCGCUUUAUAUAAUAUAAAUUGAAGAUUCACAUUUAUUAGAAUAAAGAAACCAUUUUCACUAAA